ACUUAAGAUACGUAAUAGCCUUGUGGACCGCUCUGGCAACUAAAGAUGACUUGACUUAUGGGUCAUCUAUUACCAGAAUUGAUCACUGCAAGAGUGAAGCAGCAAGCUGUCAAUUUUGAUAUAAAUAUUUAUUUAAUUUUGAUUUACAAAAUCACGAACACUUGAGUUAGGAACGUUGAAAAAAUAUGAAACUAAAUACCAUAUUCAAUUCUUAAUUAUGGUGAAUGCGUUUAUAUAAUUUAGGAGCUCUUUCGCCAUAAAUGACAAUUUUUGGUAGUCCUACAUCUGAAUCAUCACUAAGUCACCCCUUAUACGGAUCAUCAAACUUGAGACGACAAAGAGGCGAAAAGAAACCAGUGCCUGAGGAACAAAAGGACGACAAAUAUUUCGAAAGACGGAGACGAAACAAUCAGGCUGCUAAAAAGUCAAGGGAUGCAAGGAAAAUAAGAGAGGAUCAGAUUGCCCUAAAAGCGACGAUAUUAGAGCACGAGAACGCCAUCCUUAGAGCUCAAGUCCUCACAUUAAGGGAAGAAGCAUCGUCUCUAAGACAAAUGCUUCUACAAAAGAAGGCACUAGAGUUAGUUUCAAGAGAUACCCCACUUUGCAUCACUUAGCUUUAUUAUAGAGAUGUGUUGUAUAUUAUUCUGGUCGUGUAUAAACACAGAAGUUGUGAUAUUUGUGUUAUGACAAGAAAACGUGUAUUUUUGAUUUUGUAAAUACAUAUAAUGUACUAAUUUUUCACUGUUAAUACUUAUAUUUGUUUGAACAAGUGUCGCA